UGGUUGUGCAUUAUUAUGGCGAAGAGUUGUUUAUGUGGAGUCUAGGACUGCGGCCAUGUGAGCCGACACUUGAACGUAUAGUCACGCUAGCCGUUGUUGGUUCAUUUUUCAUGAAGUUUCAGCCGUGUUUUAAGCCCAUGAAAAUAAAAGUUGACAUCUAAAAUAUUAGCGUUUAAGCUCUUUCGGUAACAUGCUUGUCCGAUGUGCUACUGUUUAGUAACGCUAGCAUGCUAGCUGUCUGAUUGCUAGGCUAGCUAGUUAUGUUAUUUAACUUUUUAUGGUGAGAAAUAUUGAUAUGAAAAUUAUAUGGUGCCGCCGAAAAAUAAGUCUUUAAACACCAUUUGUGGCGCUGGGCAUAUUAACGCGUUUAAUGUACAUUGACGCUGUUAUUAUUUUAUUUAUUGUUUUACUCCGCUCACUGUUGAACGUCAUUCUUUUGAGCCGCCAUUACACAGACAGACAAACCCAGUGGUCACCGGAGGGAUGAGAUCUUAAUAACUAUUGGCUUUAGAGGGCUAUCGUCACGCUCUCUACCAAUGAGAGCCUUUGUUGUAGGGCUUUAGCCUAGCAACUCUGCUAGCAGGCAACUCCGAACAGAAACAUGGAAGACACCGUACUUCGGCAUUUUAAUUUUAAUGCUAUUCCCAAUGACAGGCUGGCUAGAAGUAAACUUAUCUUGUACUGUGGGGAGCAGAAGUACAUCAGACUGCCUGACCUAACCUUUGGUGCCUUCUUGAGAGAAGUGUGCCUAAAAUUUAACAUACCAGAAAGCAGACAGCAAGAUCUKAAGGUGUAUGACCAGUCUGACACAGAGGUUGACAUUGAUGUUUUUGAAGAAAUAGUGAAACAGUCACCUGGAACUUUCAAAGUCACUUUGAGCAAUGAAGAACCUGCACAAUUCACAGAUGCUACUCUGUCACCACUUUCAUCUUCAACCACAUCUGAUGAUACUAUCAAUCUAAACUUAACAACAUAUAACCCAUCAGAAGAUGAAGCCACUUCUGAAGGAAGUCAACCUAAAAGACCAUGCCACAUUAAUUAUGAGGCACAAGCGUUGAUUGAAAAUAUCUUGACAACAAAGCCAGGCGGUCAGCGUAUUCUACAAGAGUAUGCAAGAACUAAAUCUCUGACAGAUGCAACCAGAAGACAGAUGAUCAACAUCCUUACAGCUACAAUGACAGAAGUGCAUGGGACAUCCCCCCCUCCAUGUCUGGAAGACCCAUUUUCAAAACACGGAUAUGAGCAUUACUAUGAUCCUGAGAGUGGUUCAGGAWAUCUUGCCUGGCGUUUAAAGACCAUUCAAAGAAGGACUGCUGAGGAAAGAGGUCCCUCUGUUAGCAGAUCUCCCAAAAGUGUUGGUCCUGGCCAUGGUCAGUCCAGAGCUUUAAAUGUUGAAAAAGUGUUGUCUGAUGAGGAARUGGAAGCAGCCAUUGCUGUUUUGAAACACUCUGCUGAUUAUGAGACUGUCCGUGAGAAGAUGAAGGCCACCUUCCAUUAUCGCCAUUCCAUGGUCAAUGAUGAAAACAAAGCAACAGAUGUCUUCUCUCUCUUUCCACGAUUUCUGGACACACCAGGACUGAUAGAACAAGAUUUCAGACUCCUGUUUGACGAGAUCAUUGCCAACAAAUUUUUGGAGAAGUGGCCCACCAGUUUUAAAGCAAAGGUUAUAAAGGAAAGCCAUGGACUUGGACCCACCACAGAGCUCUUGGAUUUAUUGCAGAGCGCUGAGAUGGCUGAUGAAGUUGAAAAUGGCUAUCUUGCUGCUGCURCACCUGCUUCCACCAUCUGCACAAGGAUGAAAGAGGCUGGGAAAAUAUCUGCAUCUCAAGUGGUGGAUCACCUCAUCAGAUUUCUUAACGCUGGAACCAGUGUACAGCAGCAUCUAGAUAAUAUCACCCAACAGACUCAGCCCUACCUCCUUGCUCAGGGUUCCAUCCGAAGCAGCAUUCAUGCUUUCUUUAUUGUGAUCGAUAAGCAUGCUAUCCCAUGCAAGGCAACAUGUUCAGUGGGUGCUCUUGAUGAGCUCUUUAAGGCCCAUUAUGUCUUUGGUACAUCGUACAGUUCUUCUUUGACCAACUUUUUUACCUUUCUCCAAACAACUGUUUACAAUAUUGAUGUUGGGGAAGCAAAGGAAACUGCCAGAGUUGCGAGUAAGAAUGAUGCAUUGAGAUUAAACAAUGAGGUGUUCUAUCUGCAUAGGUGA